AUGCCGAGCUUCAAUUCUGAGUUACCCAUUUCCAAUUCAAGUUAUGCAGAGGGGAGCACAAUUGAUUCUUUUCGUGUUUCUGACUUUGGAGCAUUUGAUCAGUCAUAUCGCGUAGAGGAUGCUGUUGACCUUAGUGGAAACCCAAUUUACAACUCACUAAAAGUAAGUAGCCAAACAAUUUCUCCGGAUUCUGAUCACAUUAGUAGCCUUGGUCAGUUGCCAACUUCACUUGAUAAAAGCCCAUUGACGAAUCAAACAGAGCCGCAUAGGUUGCAAUUACAGAAGGUUCAAUCAUCAAAUCCUGGCACCAUAUUAGUUGGUAAUACAGAUAACCAGGAGGAGUCUCCCAUGGCUGAAGGCAGUCCUAGGACUGAUAUUUCUACAGAUGUUGAUACUGAUGACAAGAAUCAGCCGUUUGAUAGAAAUCGAUCCCUUGCUAUUGUUUCUGACUCUAGUGACAGGUCGAAAGAUAAAUCAGAUCAGAAGACUCUGCGCAGGCUUGCUCAAAACCGUGAAGCUGCAAGAAAAAGCCGUUUGAGAAAGAAAGCCUAUGUGCAGCAGUUAGAAAGUAGUCGUUUGAAGCUGACCCAACUAGAGCAAGAGCUGCAGCGAGCUAGGCAGCAGGGAAUCUUCAUAUCAAGCUCGGGUGAUCAAGCACAUACAUUGAGUGGAAAUGGGGCAAUGCAAUUUGAUGCAGAGUAUGCAAGGUGGCUGGAAGAGCAGAAUCGACAAAUAAAUGAGCUAAGAGCGGCUGUAAAUUCUCAUGCAAGUGACACUGAACUUCGCAUGAUUGUUGAUGGUAUAUUGGCACAUUAUGAUGAGAUUUUUAGGCUGAAAGGUGUUGCAGCUAAGGCUGAUGUUUUCCAUUUGUUGUCUGGUAUGUGGAAAACGCCUGCUGAGAGGUGUUUUUUGUGGCUUGGUGGUUUUCGGUCAUCUGAACUCCUCAAGCUGCUGGCAAAUCAAUUGGAACCUCUCACAGAGCAGCAACUGAUGGGUAUCACCAACUUGCAGCAAUCUUCCCAACAAGCAGAAGAUGCAUUGUCUCAAGGCAUGGAAGCAUUGCAACAGUCCCUUGCCGAGACCUUGUCCACCGGAGCACCUGCCUCGUCUGGUUCAUCAGGGAAUGUGGCAAAUUACAUGGGUCAAAUGGCCAUGGCCAUGGGUAAGCUAGGGACGCUUGAAGGUUUCAUUCGACAGGCUGAUAAUCUUCGUCAGCAGACUCUACAACAAAUGCACCGCAUACUGACAACUCGCCAAUCAGCUCGAGCCCUCCUUGCUAUUCAUGACUAUUUUUCGCGACUGCGUGCUCUCAGUUCACUCUGGCUGGCUCGCCCAAGAGAUUGA